AUGGAUAACUCAAAAGUCUGUAAGCACAAAAAUCAUCAGAAAACAAACACUAAUUCACAAAAGUCAAAACAAAGCUCGCUCAAGUCAAAAGACUCGGGACUUAGUCCAGAACCAAGUUAUGAUAAAUAUCCAAGUGAAAGUGGUGAAUUUUUGCCCUGCUUAAACUUUCACUUUCCAACUUCGACUACAAGUUAA